GGGUGAUAAUUUGAUCCUGCAGUGUCCCUCUUUGCAGAGGUACCUCCCCUUGGCGUGCGAGCCUAUCAUAGAAUUUAGGAGUUUUUAUCGAACUGUAGAUCAAUACUACCUGCGCCAUGUUUUAUUCUAAUGAAACUUUUCAUCUUCAAAGUCAUCAAUUCACUUGUUCGCCGGCGAAUGUGUAAUGAAACCAGGUAAAGUGAUUUAAUUACAUUGCAUUUGAAGUUUUCCAAGAUCUAUGUUGGCAGCGAUUGAGGUUAUUGACUUCCCUGGCAUUCUCUGACCUUCUGUGUUGACCACUGAGCGGAAACUUUGACAUUUAAACUAGAUUCAGAUAACUUUCCAUGUUUUUAAAUUUUUGAAGAGAAAUGUGACUCCAGUGACUUGAGUUGUCAUAGACAUGCAAUCAACAAUUAUGAUCCUGACUGUUGAGAACCUGGACAUGGAGACAAGUCGACACUUUCAAACCCGUGGACGUCUGUAGAACUACACAAAAGGAAUCCUUUUAUUUCAUAAUAAACAGAAUCGGGUUUCUUCAAAUGUAGCUACAUUGAUUUCACUUUGAAAUAACAAUUAGAAAAACUGCUUCCCAAAAAUAAUGAGCAAGUUAGAUUCUGUAUUUAUGUGCGUUCUGUUCACGUGCCUGACUUUCACCUUCACCUCAAGCGUCACAAGCACAUUCUUCAAAUUAGCACGUGGAUACAAGAUGACCGGAACAACGCCCCUGAGUCACGUGACAUCAUCACCCAUGAGCUCAGUGUUUUGUUCACUGCUGUGUACCUAUGAAUGUAGUAGCGCCACCUAUAGCAUUAAGUAUCAAACGUGUACAACUUUCAAAGAAAAGUUCUAUAACUCCAGCAUUACAUGGACGAAGAACGAGGAUUGGUAUAUGUUGUACAGAGAUGAACCGAUUCAGUAUGGAGACUGGACAUUGGUCUUCAGAGCGCAGAGUGGAAUUGAUGUUUCUUUCUACACUCUAUGGGAAACCAUUGGUUACCACGAUGACCUUCCACUGUCCAGUGAUUUUCCUAUUGGAUGCUAUAGAAUGGACAACAUGGAGCGGUGUAGUAGACAUUUUAGAGGCUCGGUACUAGAUGACUGGACAAAUAUUAACCAGGUGAAAGUCUCUUUAUUUUCCAACGGUUCUGAGGUUGUGUACAUGAUCUUCAACGGAUCUUCCAGCACCAGGGACACUUGGUACCAGCAAACGUUAAUUUUAGAAUCCUCGUGGACUUUACUGAGGAAUGAUAGCAACGUGGUGGACUUUAAUUUUCAGGGAUUUCUCUGGAGCGGAAAUAACAGACGUAUGGUCAUAUGUGGUCAAUAUAGUGGCUGCGGUGGAGAUAGCACGUACUAUAUGGCCCUAGACUCAACUUACGACGCCUGUUUAGACACCUGGUCGCUGGCCAUCCCAAACUUCCCAGUGUUCUUGUAUUCACCUUGGAACCGACUGGUCACACUCAGCAGUCAGCCCACAGAAUACAAAAUGGCUGACGUGAUGGCGAUUUUCGUCAAGAAGCAGACGGUGUGAAAUUGAAAUAAAAAAAAACUGCUAUGCAUCGAAUCGACAAGUAAUAGAAAGUUUUUCAACAAAGUUGCU